CUGCCCGCCCCAGGCCAGCUGGUUCCCUGCCUCUGCCACCACCUCCGUUCUCUUUCGGGCCCCUUUGCACGGGGCCCGGCGCUCGCACCCACAGCCCGUGCCCCAGCGCGUUCUGAAUUGCACAGAGAUUUCGGUCUUGUUCAGAACCUCCGAGAUGAAGGGGCUCCUCACACUGGCUUGGUUCCUGGCUUGUAGUGUGCCGGCUGCGUCAGGGAGUUUGCUAGACUUGAAGUUCAUGAUUGAGGAGGUGACGGGAAAGAACGCCAUCUCAGACUAUGCCUUCUACGGCUGUUACUGCGGCUGGGGCGGUCGAGGGACCCCCAAGGAUGGCACUGACAGGUGCUGUCAGUUGCAUGACUACUGCUAUGAGCGGCUGGAGAAUAGAAGCUGCGGCAUCCUGACGCAGUCAUACAAAUUCAGAGUCUCAAGGGGCCAGGUCACCUGUGAGUCCGGAACCUUCUGCCAGGAGCAGUUGUGCGCCUGUGACCAGAGGUUGGUCUACUGCCUGAGGAGAAACCUAAGGAGCUACAGCCGUCGUUACCGAUUCUUUCCCUACAUCUUCUGCAAGUAGCGGCCCGCAGCGCGCUCCUCCAGGCCACGGCUCGCCCCUUCUCCUUCCACAUGGGGCUCGCUGGCUCACCUGGGUUCCUGAGAGAGGCUCCCAGGUCUUGCCCCCGGUUCUUUCUUGAUGGCCACUGGGCUUGGUGGAGGCCCACAGCUACGCUUCAUCCCCCAGAGAAUCCCCAGGGAGUGACUCUGGCCGUAGGACUUGGCAAGGUCAAGGUCAAGGCCUCCGCUUGCGAGAUCAGUUCUUCUGGUGCCCGGAGCUCACUCCUAAGUCGUCCUUGUCUCUGAAGACGGUGCCCCUUCUCCAGGAGGAAGACUUUCCUGGGAUGCAUUGACUUUUUGGUUUCUGCCACCCUCUAGAGAAUUUUACUCAAGAAGUAAAAUUAACUUCAUAAAUCUGACAGUGAGAUAUUAAACACAAUUUCUGCUCCAGAACGAUAAAAACCAUGUCGAUGUUCUCCUCUGCGGUGGGGGGCUGCGCG